UGAAUGGUUUUUGCUUGUGAUGCCUGGACUUUUUGAUAGUUAUUUUUUGCUUGUAAUGCUUGAUCUUGGUAGUGAUGCUGAGCUUGCAAUGCUUGGUUUUGGUAGUGAUGCUAAGUUUGCAAUGCUUGGUCUUGGUGGUAAUGCUGAGCUUGCAACGCUUGAUCUUGGUGAUUAUACUAAAUAUGCAAUGAUUAAUUCUGAUGAUGAAGAUAAAUUAUUAACUUGA